AUCAUUAUAAAAAAAAAAUAAAAAAAAAAGAAACCGUUCGCAGUAUAAUCUACCAAUACAGCGGGCGUAAUUCUACAGAAAGACGCGGUGGGCCCCACAUCCAUCUAUUCCCGUCCUCCCAACAAGGUAGCCUCUCUCCUCCGCCGGCGGCCGCAGCGCACAGCCCGGCAUGGCCCACCAUCAUCCCUCCGCUUCCUCCUUCUCCGACUUCACCCUCUCCGGCACGCAUGACUCCGACGGAGGCGAUGCCGAUCUCGAAUGGCCCUUCGGCCGCAUCGAAGCCGUCGACCGCGACGAGCUCCGCGAAACCGCUUACGAGCUCUUCUUCGCCUCGUGCCGCUCCUCACCGGGCUUCGGCGGCAGAAAUCCCCUGUCCUUCUACCCUUCAAGCCACCAGCAGCCAUCACCGGAAGGAGGAAGCCCCGCAGCCAACCCCGGAACCGGCAUUAUGAUCGGCAACAGCAGAAUCAAGCGCGCACUGGGCCUCCGCACCCGUCGCGGCUCCGCCGAUGCGCCCGAUCAGUGUCCACUCCCCCUCACCCGUUGUUUCUGUAGGCGGCGCCGUCGGAGGUGUCUCCCACGGCGCCGGUCGGCUCAAACAGCGCCCCAUGACCUCCGCUGAAAUCAUGCGGCAGCAAAUGGGCGUCACCGAACAGAGCGAUAACCGCCUACGAAAAACCAUAAUGCGCACGCUCGUCGGCCAGGCCGGGAAGAGAGCGGAGACGAUCAUCCUACCCUUGGAGCUUUUGAGACAAAUAAAACCAUCGGAAUUCCGCGACGCACAGGAGUACCAACAAUGGCAACGUCGGCAGUUGAAGAUCCUCGAGGCCGGCUUGAUACAACACCCUUCCACCCCUCUUGAUCGCCUCAACGCAUUGGCGCUGCGCCUCCGCGAGGUGAUCAGCUCCGGCGAAUUGAAACCCAUCGACACCAGCAAGAACUCCGAAUCACUGCGCAUUCUCUGCAACGCAGUCGUCUCCCUCGCUUGGCGUAAUCCCAAUGGAUCUCCUGCCGAGGCCUGCCAUUGGGCCGAUGGCUUCCCCCUCAACAUCCAUCUCUAUAUUUCCCUCCUCCGAUCCAUCUUCGACCUCCGCGAUGAAACCGUGGUGCUCGAGGAGGUCGACGAGUUGAUCGAGCUGAUGAAGAAGACAUGGAUUACGCUUGGUAUAAACAAGAUGACGCAUAAUGUCUGCUUGGCCUGGACGUUGUUCGAGCAGUAUGUAAAAACAGGGCAGAUCGAGCAGGAACUGCUUGGCGCGACACUGAUCAUGCUCGGCGAAAUCUCCGGCGAGGCCAAAAGGGAUGCAGAAUUUCUCAAAAUCCUUUCCCCGGUGAUGUCGUCGAUGCUAGCGUGGGCCGAAAGGAAGCUGCUUGAUUACCACACCGUGUUCCGUGGGAAAUGCUACGUUGGUCUCAUGGAGAAGGUUCUCUCGCUGGCUCUCACCACCGCCAAAAUCAUGAACGACGACCGACGGAGCUCGGCUGAUGAAGACGGCAACGGCGAGGUCAUCAACUCUGCUGUAUCCCCAAUCGAACGCUACAUAAAAUCUUCGCUCAAGAGCGCAUUCACUAAGUUACUGGAGAGCGGGAACGGGAAUGGGAACGUGGACAGCAUGGUGGUGGAGGUAGACGAAGAACCGAGUGAGACUUUAGUGCAUCUGGCGAAAGAUACAGAGAGCCUGGUGGCUAUAGAGAAGGAGACAUAUAACCCGGUGCUGAAGAGAUGGCAUCCUGGCUCUAUGGCGGUAGCGGUGGCCACACUCCAUAGCUGCUAUGGGAUUGUGUUGAAGCAGUAUUUGGCAAGGAUCAGCGUACUGAAAAAUGAGACGGUCCGGGUUCUUCAGACCGCCGGAAAGCUGGAGAAGACGCUGGUGCAGAUGGUGGUGGAGGACUCUGCCAACUGCGAGGAUGGAGGUAAGGGUAUCGUAAGGGAGAUGGCGCCCUACGAAGUGGACUCCAUCAUCCUUAGCCUGAUGAAGGAUUGGAUCACGGGAAGAUUGAGAAUUGGCAGGGAGUGUCUUUACAGAGCAAAGGAAACAGAGACAUGGAACCCAAAAUCAAAAUCAGAGCCGUACGCACAGUCUGCUGUUGAUCUGAUGAAGCUGGCAAAGGUGACAGUGGAUGAGUUCUUCGAGAUUCCGGUGGCUGCAAGGGAAGAACUCGUUCAGGAACUCGCCGAUGGCCUCGAAACCCUCUUCCUCGAUUACACCUCCUUCGUCGAUUCCUGCGGAUCGAAGCAGAGCUACAUCCCCACCCUCCCACCCCUAACCAGAUGUAACCAGGACUCAAGAUUCACGAUUCUAUGGAAGAAAGCACAGACCUUGAUCGGCUUAACCCAUCCAAAAGCCAAAAAGAAAACCACUCCGGCUGAAAGCCACCAUCCCCGGCCAUCAACAAGCCGCGCCACCCAACGCUUUUACAUCCGCCUCAACUCCCUCCACUACGUCCUCGCCGUCCUCCACUCCAUCGACAAAUCCCUCUCCUUUUUCGGCCGAAACCCUUCUUCCCGCUCCCCUCACCCCCGCCUCGCCGGCCCCGGCUCCACCUCCCGCCGCCGCAUCGCUCCCACUCGUUUCGACCUCGCCCGCUCCUCCCUUCAAUCCGCCAUCCACCACGUCUCCGAAGUCGCCGCCUUUCGCCUCAUCUUCGUCGACUCCCUCCAAGCCUUCUACCAAGGCCUCUACGCCGGCGGCGUAUCCGCCGCUCGAAUCCGCCCUUCUCUCCGCCUAUUAAAACAGAACCUGAACUUAAUCGUCACAAUUUUAACGGACAAGGCUCAGCCGGUGGCGGUGCGGGAGGUGAUGAAGGCGGCUCUGGAGGCGUUUUUGAUGGUGUUGUUAGCCGGCGGGAGCGAGAGGGCUUUCGGCCGGGGUGACAGCGAGAUGGUGGCGGAGGAUUUGGAGAGUCUGCGAAGAGUUUUUUGUACGUCGGGGGAGGGAUUGGUGGCGGAAGAGGUGGUGGAGAGGGAGGUGGAGACGGCGGAGGGGAUUGUGGCGCUGAUGGGUUUGCCGACGGAGAAAUUGGUGGAAGAGUUCACGACGGCGGCGUGCGAGGCGAGCGGAAUUGGGGCGCAGAAGGUUCCGAUGCCGCCGACGACGGGGAAGUGGAAUAGAUCGGAUCCCAAUACGAUUUUGCGAGUGAUUUGCUACAGAGAUGAUGAGGCUGCCAAUCGGUUCUUGAAGCGAACGUUUCAAAUGGCGAAGAGAAAGUGAAGAUAAUAAAAUCAACAAUAUUUUGCUUGAUAUUAUUAAAAAUUGAUUUUUUUUAUUUUUUUAAUUUUUUUUUAUACUGAAUGGUAUUGAAUAAAACGAUAAUUUUAUAAUGAUUCUCUGUAAGGGGGGGAAUUUGGAUGAUGAAGGGAUGGCAAAUGUAUGAGAAUGUAAUGAUAAUUUAUGUGAUAAG